UACCUUUUAACGCACGACGUAUCACACCCUCGGUUUUUUCUACCCAUAAAUAUAAUGGACGACAACGACUCACCACCACCACCACUCCAGGUCCAGUGGAGCCUAGACAAAGCCGAAAGUCUUCAUCCCCACAUUAUCACCACUCUCCAUUCUGUACAUGACCAACAACAGCCUAAAGAGUGCUGGCUGGAUCUCAUAUACCAACUUCCAGCAAGCGUGUUUGUCGAUCCAAACCAACUACCAUCAAACGUCCAUGUCUUUGGCGAAACCGAUCUCGAAGCACCGCUUGAACAUGUCCAGGAACCACGCGGCAGCACUGUCAUUAUACGUCACACCAAUAAUGACACGAAUGACAAUGACGAGCUACGAAUCGACCUUCCUAUCCAUUUACGAUACCAACGUCCAUCGUCAACAAGUCAAAUAUACAGAUCGAUCGCUAUACCAAAACCGCGUGUUGGCUGGACCUGUGCCGCCAAAAAGAAAAACAACAAUGCCGACCUUGAUACGGGCGUUGUGAACGAUAGUGUGACGAAAAGCAACAACCGUCGUCGUCGUGCCAUGCCGCCGAUACGAGGUACAUUGAUUCCUGCACACAGGAUGGAUCCUGACUUGUAUACUUUCCAAGACAUUCAUAUCCAACCGCAAGAUGCAUCAUCCUCUCUUGCUGGUGGUGAUGGUAAUAGUGAAAUGCCAUUGUAUUUGGAGCUGAAAAUGCCCGUGGGAAGAGCGCAGGAUGCAGAUAUGGUUCAGAUGGGGACCAUGGUAGCUGUGUUGGCAUGUACCUUUUGGAUUAUCUUGGCUACAUGGAAAAGCAUUGCAAAGAGAAGACGAUAUGAUGCCAAGGGCAAACGAAGACGGUCUGAAUAAACUAUCAUCUGUAACGAUACCUAGAUUUAAUAUUAUUGAUAACCUCUAAACUGUGGUUCUUUUUUUUUCUUGUAUCACACACACCUCUUUAUAAUUUUGUUGACAGGCCAGCGCGUGCUGUGCUGGGUUUUUUUUUCUUAUACCAUAUCAACCCAUAAAAAAAAGUACAUACACAAUUAUGCUGCUGUCAUGGUGGUGUCGACAACAACCACGACACUAUGCUCGACCAUUAAUCACUACUAGAAUUCAUUUAAUACGUACCCUGGUCACCCAGCCUCAGCAGCAACGAUC